AUGGCUUCGCAGAGUGGAAACGCGUGGGCGCAGAUGAAGGCUCGCGAGCAGCGGCACGCGCAGGUCGUCGACGACGGGAAAGUUGCUAUACCUCGCAAGGGUCCAGUCAUGGGCCACAGACCUACCAGCUCUCGCAAGUCAUCGAGUCUCGAUUACGACGACGAGCUGGCCCUUCCAAUGCCCAAGCCGCGUCGUGCCGCUGCAGAGGAACACAAUGACUCCGUCGAAGACGUCAGACUCAACGCCCCGAGCAAGCCUAGCAUCACAAAGACUCGUUCCGUCACUGAGCCAGCUCGAUCUAACAACACUCCUGAUGACUUGAAGGGUAAGACAGAUAACCGUGAGAAGAAGAAGUCUAGAGUGGCAGCUCUCAAAUCCAAGCUCAGUCUGAAGGACAUGGUUCAGGAGUUUCGCAAGGAGAACGUUAGAGCCGAGUCCGCAACUGGCAGCGGUGGCAGGCGUCCUCCCUGUGCUGACAAUCGUGACUUCGACGAGGAAAAGCUGUACGUCCCGAAGCCAAGACAGCAGGGUGUGUAUCCAUUGUCUGCUCCCCCAUUUCCCCUUCGUGAGAUCAGUUUUGGGAAAAUGUCCCAGGCCAGCGCCGAGUCCUGUGCUGUUGGUGACUCCAACACGAAUGAAGAGCCAAAUAACGAAGGACUGAGCCUCGGGCCCUUUGCAAGUAAGAAUCAAGAUGCACAGACCCCCAAGGCGCGCAAAUCAGAGGCAAGCAUGCAGCUAGAUACCCUCUUGCUCGCCGGUUCGUCUCCUGCAGCCCAUGCAGGCGAGCUCGAAAACAGCGGACAGCCACAUAUCAUCAAAGAGCAAAGGAGAGUCCAGAGCCUGAUAGCACAAAGAGAGUCAGGGAGUCCCAGAUCUGCCAGUGAGAUCCCUCUCCAGACGUCCGAAGACGACAUAGGCGGCCCAGCCUCAUCCAUCUCUGACGGUGACAAUGAGGACGUUGCGGACAAUGCGACACAGUCUGUCGCACCAUCUCAAAAUCCGAAUACAGUGACCAAUGAAGCCAAUGGCAGUAACACGACUUCUUUUGCGGGUCAAACUGGCCCCCCUUCUUUUCUGGGCCUCCAGACAGGACCGCCCUCCGCUGCGAUACCGACAGUGCUGGGGCCCCAAACGCAGCAGUACCAGCCGAAUCCUCGCGACGAAGACCUUCACCACACAUUCGGUGGUGGUACGAGGUAUGGCGGCUAUGCUCCUCGACCACCGCAUGCCGGCUACCUUAACACAGCUAAUCUGGAAAUGCAACUCAGAACGAACAUGGAAACAGUCCAUACCCACUUAAGUAACGCUGUCCACAGAGUCUGCAGUUCGAUGGAAAAUUCGAGCAACUGGUCCACUGAUCAGAUCCUGAAGCAAACUGAUGCCAUGGCGGAUGUUCUGCGUUUGAUCAAUGCCCGCACAGCAGGUCAGAAUGAAACCGUAUCAGACCUGCACCGCACCAUGAGUCAUAUUCAGUGCCAACUGGCUGCCAUUGAAGUGGAGGUAAAUGGUAUGGAAGAAAGAAUUCUGAACUUCAUAUCGAAUCAGAUCAAUAAACUGAGAAGAGAGAUCAACGCGCCGAAGGAGUCGCUACGCAAGGCCGAUGUCUCCUCCAAGUUAGCGCAAGAGCCGAGAACCAUCAGUGCUGAACUGCAAGAGCCUCCAUAUGCCAUUGGAGGGACUGGGGACAAUGAGAGACGGCAUAUAAGAAAGAAGCAGCGCUCUGGCAAGAGAGGUGAGGGAGAGUGGUUGAAAAGCACACAGAGUAAGAAUGGAGAACAAAAGAAAAGGAGUGAGACUGAAUCCGGAAGGAGUUCCCUGAGUCAACACAAUGCACCGGGACGCUCUCAGGAGAUCCCUCCCUCUACUGCAUCUGUCCACUCUUCACCCCUGGAGCAAAGGAAAGACGGAGACGUCACACAAUCCCAGGUCAGAAGAAGGGUACGAAACAACCCCAGCCAGGAAUCCUCUGGAAGCCCUGUGCCUAAGACAGCCAAAAUUAGUGGCCAGAUAGGGGACAGCUUGGCUCCUGAGAAUGACCAAAGCUCAAUUUCUGAAGCUGCACAAACUCCUGAAAUCAAUGACAAGCCCGCCAACGAGGGCAUGAAAACCCCCAGUAAGAAGGGAGUGUUUGGAUUCCGCCGUCGCCACGACAGUGGGAGCCAGACUGGCAACAGAUUCCUGCGCACUCCAAGGCGAAACAAAGAGGACAAGGCUUUUAAGGAGCGAAGCUCUCUUCCCUCGACGGCUCCGGAUCCUUCAGUUGUUGCCGGCGCCACACAUAUUGAGGCCCCUGCGGUGAACAGCCCAAGCUCGAUUCAUCCAGCUCUCCGUGAUGAUAGACAGCAACAGGUCAUGCUUGAUCGGCAGCGCAUCGGCGGGCUGCUGCAUUCCCAUACCAGUAACCAUGUGGCUGUAGCAGUGAUGGCGAAUACCCAGAGAAGUGGAUUGACAUACUCUCAGUCUCAUCAGAACAUGGGGAACGAAACACCGAUGGCAGGCCAUCUACCCACAAACGCAUUUGAUAUGUCUUUAUCGUCGUCUUCGACAAUUCAGAGAGAUCCUCAACUGCAAUCGCCCGCUGCCGAUCUGCCUGCUGGCCCGCCUCCGGUCCAGCCGAGCUUCCUGCCUCCUUCUGCAUCGUUUGUGGCAGCGCCGAAUAAUGCUAGCCCAGAAAGCUUCACCUGUAACGGCCGGUCUACCUCUGGCUCCCUACCCCUAUCGCUUCAAGUUUCCGCCCUAGUUCCUGUUGAGGAAUCAACAUCGGGUGUCCCUGGUUGGUGGAAUUGUCACAAUGGUACUCCGUCAGUGAGUGACCGAUAUGAAUACCGUUCCUGA